AUGGCGUCCGGAGCGUCUUGGGAGGGUUUCUUGGAGGAAGCCACCUGCUCCAUUUGCCUGGACUAUUUCCAGGACCCCGUGCUCAUCCAGGAGUGCGGCCACAACUUCUGCCGGGGCUGCCUGACCCGCAGUUGGGGGACGUCGGAAUCGGAGGCUUCCUGCCCCCAGUGCAGACAGACCUUCGCGCCCCGCAGCGUCCUCCCCAACCGGCAGCUGGCGCGGCUGGUGGAAGAAACCAGGCGAUGCGGAGGCCCUUGGGGCGAGGAAGGGGGGAGCUUCUGCCCGAAGCACCGGGAGCCCCUCAAGCUCUUUUGUAAGGACCACGAGACCCUCAUCUGCUUGAUCUGCGACCGAUCCAAAGAGCACGAGGGCCACUCGGUGAUCCCUGCGGAGGAGGCUGUCCAGGAAUACCAGAUUAAGGUUGAAGAUUGCCUGAAGCCUCAGAAGGAGCAGAAAGAAAAAAUAGCUCCUUACAAAAGAGACACAGAGCAAACAGUGCAGGAGAUGCUUGAUCUCAUUGAAAAAGUGAAAAAAAAUGUAGUGGCUGAAUUCAGAGAGAUACACCUCUGGUUAGAAGGACAGGAGAAGCUUCUGCUAGCUAGAAUGGAAGAGACGGAGGAGGAUAUUAUGGCAAGAAAGGAGAAGGGUUUGGCCAAGCACAGGAGGAACUGAGCUCUCUUGACCAUC